ACUGUGUGUGACUAUUUAAAUGUGUACAUGCUGUCGGUGUGUUACUUAGACCAUACGACUUAGUGGCUCGCACUCUCCCCCGGACAUAACGCUGUCACGGGUAGGUCCUGCUUCAGUGGAUCACAGUUCUCCUCAAGUGACAUCCACCGCUGUCCAGCUCACGCGCAGUAUGUGGAGGCGUCCUUAGUUACCAGGGCAAAUCCGGGCAGCAUCCCGCGUGUGUGAGGAAAGAGGACGUACGUGUGUGUACUCAAAGCAGUGAGGGAAGGGACCAGGGUGUAUAGCAAUCACACACUACAGAGAAUAUGUGUUUAUAAAGGAACUUUCUAAAUUUAUUUAAUAUAGCAGACCUGGAUUUAUUAAUCAAAUUAUAGUUAUAACAAAUUGAUAUUAGGACAUUGUCUACGUUAUAAUGGCGCCCGAUAUCCAGGUUAAGGGAGAGAAGAAGAGGAUUAUGGUCAUGGCCGAAUACACAGGUCCCGGUCCGGCCAAAUACAACCUCCCGACAACGGUUGGAACUAAAGAGACGGACCAGACAAAGAGAGGGGCGCCAUCAUUCUCAUUCGGCUCCAGACAGUUCAGGUUCCGGCCCAGUGGUCCGGGUCCGGCCUACAGUUUAGAGAGUGAUCUGACACACAAAGGUCGUGUAACUGGGUCGUCUUUCAGUUUAGGAGGAAGACCGAAGACACCAAAGAGGCGUGACGUCAGUCCUGGUCCCGCGGCUUACAAUACUGACAAAGCCCCACUCUGGGAAAAGAACUCCCCUAAAUACAGUCUUAGUCCCCGGACUACCCCCAGGCGUAUCGACGUCACCCCUUCCCCCGGAGCAUAUUCUCUACCGUCUACGAUAGGGCCUCGGGUCCCCCACAGGAACGGAGGACCAGCCACAAGUAUGCUAGGAAAAAACUCGUAUGGUGGAUUUUCUGCAGACUGGGCAAAAACGCCUGGUCCAGCUACAUACGGGGCACCCGAUCCCGGCCUCACAAAGAACAGGGGACCUUCAUAUAGUCUAGGGGCAAAGGCGAAACCUAUGCCUGAUAAAGAUAAUUUCCCAGGACCUGGGAGAUACAGCCCCGAAAAAGUGUCAGUUCACAUGGAGAACAGUCCGCGGUACCCUAUCGGUGUGCGCCAUUCACAGUUCGCCAUGCCCGUCAUGCCUCUGGCCGAUGUUCAGUGACUGUGCUCUUCGUAUUUGUCCUUAUUUAUUUUCCUUGACCUUGAUAUAUUAAGGAGCACCGGUGUACUGGCUGGGCCAUUAUAUUGUUAUCUAAACAAGCAAUCUGUGAUAGCUGUAAACGCUCACGUGUAGGAGUUCUGGACAUCUAUGGACAAUAUACCUCUUGUGUCCCUUAGAAUAUCCGCUCUGCGCAUGUCUGUAAUAAAAGAUAUCCGCUCUG